AUGAGAAGGCUCACAUCAGGGAAGCCACCGGUCAAAACCACAGAAAGGUCUGCGAAACGACCACAGAGUUUCUCAGUACAGCACGUCAUUGCGACGGAAGCAAAAGAAUCAGAAGUUCCAUCUGAUGAGGUCACCACAUCAGAGACCUUUGAACAGGGUGAUCUACCAUGUAAGGACACCGUGGUACUACACACGAAUAAUAGAUCACACAAUAUCAACAGAGGAUCCAAGAGAGUCAUCCUACUAGCUGGUUCAGCACGAGUAUUAUAUAUCAAAGAGUGGAUGAGACAAGUCACUGUAUUACUCGAUACGGGCUCAGAACUCUCCUUUAUUGACGAGUAUCUUACCCAAGAACUCGGACUCCCCGUAGUGGGCAGAAGAUUAAUAAAUAUCUUUAGAUCAGCAAUUCUCACACCGAAGGAAUGUGACAACACUACACUUGUGCGACCUAGAAGGGAUAAAACACAAUGUGCGCGUACACAGCAAUAA